AUGGCAGUGCGUCUCAGGAAUGGAAGAAAUUUAGACAGAGAGCAAGCAUUUGCUCAAUCUAGGAGAGAGACUACGCCAACUACUCCUGUUACAUUAGAGGCAGAUGGGUCAGCAGAGCUCACUGAGGUGGUAGUUGAACAGGCACAAGUUGACAAGGGUAAUGAGAAGGAAGGUGAACAAGUCUUAGAACAGGUGGCACCUUUUGUGCCAGAAGCUUCCAACAAAGAAAAGAUAUUAAGUAGUGGACAGAGGUUGACUCAUGACCUGUCCACUGUAACUCUGACACAGACCUGCAAUGCGGUAGUGACAAGACCUAUGGCCCAAAAGGUGUCUGAUCCAGGUAGCUUCACUAUCCUAUGCACUAUUGAGAGUUAUGCUUUUGCUAAAGCAUUGUGUGACUUGGGAGCUAGCAUAAAAUUGAUGUCGUUGGCAAUCUAUACAAAACUGGGCAUUGACAGAGCUAGACCGACCUCAAUGUUGAUGCAACUGGCUGAUCGCACAGUCAAUAGACCGACAGGAAUUCUUGAUGAUGUGCUUGUGCAAGUGAGGAAAUUUGCAUUUCCUGUAGACUUUGUUAUUCUUAACUAUCAGGUGGAUGAAGAGAUACUCAUCAUUCUGGGAAGGCCAUUCUUGGCCACUAGGAGAGCAUUAAUUGAUUGCGAGACUGGAGAGUUGAAAAUGAGGUUGAACAAUGAAGAAAUAAUAUUCAACGUUCAACAAUCCACGAGGAGACCCAGUGAAUUUGCAAACUGCUCACUAGUGGAGGCUGUGGAUGUGAUACUGCAAGAAGAGGAUGAGACCCUUAAUGUCAAGGAUCCACUAGAAGCCUGCUUGAUAAAUUUGGUAGAGAUGGACGGUGAAGGGUUGCAGAGUGGGUCAUAG